AAGCAGCUUCGAGGAAUUGUAGAUCUAGUUUGUUUUCUCCUCAAAAAAGAGUUCAAAUUCAAAGCUGGAUUGCAAUUGAUUGGAUCUGGAUUAGGGCUGGGUUUCAUUGGAAUUAAUCGUUUUGGAUCCGAUUUUGGGGAAAAUAGCGCCAUCCCAUGGCGCUGUUUCGUCGAUUCUUCUAUUGGAAGCCACCUGAUCAGCUUCUUGAAAUUUCUGAGCGAGUUUUGGGUUUGGAGAUUCAUGGCUGAGGGAGAGGAAGACUUGCCCAGGGAUGCGAAAAUUAUGAAGUCAUUGAUAAAAUCCAUGGGUGUUGAGGAGCAUGAGCCCCGUGUUGUGCACCAGUUUCUGGAGUUGUGGUACAGGUACGCUGUCGAUGUCUUAACGGAUGCACACGUUUACUCUGAACAUGCUGGCAAAGCCUCAAUUGACUGCGAUGAUGUUAAGCUUGCUAUCCAAUCAAAAGUGAAUUUCAGCUUCUCACAACCCCCACCUCGGGAGCGGCGCAGCAGAACAGAAACAGCAGCACAGCAAACAGCAGAGCAGCAGGUCAGCCUGAAUACGCAACAACACAUCAGCCAGCAGAGCAGCCACCAGCACAAGACAGCUAGCCUGAACAGAAGCAAAACCAAUCACCCAGCCAUCUUGAACAGAGCAGAAACACAGCCACAAAAGCAGAACAGCCACAACCAUCAAUGCAGAAACACAGCCACAACCAGCAGAGCAGCCACCAGCACAAGACCAGGAUAGCUAGUUAAAUGAAAUGCAAGAAAGGUCGAUCAGAGAUAAGUCUGGAUUAUUUAAUUUUUUUGGACGAAAAUUGUAAUAUUACAGCCUUUUUUAAUGAAAAUAUGUAACUUUA